CCCAUUGGCUCAACUCUCGCGCCGCUGGGCCGCGCCACGGGCCGAGCCCGCGCGCCGCUGAUGCCGGGGACGGUCACGCAGCCGGCUGGGCGCCGUGGCGUGAGCUCCGCGCCGCCGAUCAUCACCAGCAUCGGAGGUUGCCAGAAGGGUUCGCUGGACAAGGUUGGUUUCGCUGGACUCGAGGUCCUCCCAGCCCGACCUUCGGCACUCCAGCACCUUGCGCUUGGUGCCAGGCCCCGUGGCGGAUCUGCGGUGCGCCGCCACGCCGCGCAGCACGCGCUCCCGCCCGCCGCUGCGCCCGCCGCUGCGCCCGCCCGGUGGCCGCGGCAUCUGCACGGCCACGGCGAGUUCGGCAAUGGCGGGCGGCUGGGCAGCGAGCGGUAG